GGUCCUUUGGAUUUUCAUUCAGGCAAUGAAGAGUGGUUCCUUGAAGGGUCCUGAACAAACUCAUUCACACGUGUGCCGUGCACCGUUACCAUGGCGGACCUACAGAUGAAGCUUCUCCGCAAGAAAAUUCAGAAGAGAAGUGAAAAGAACAAAGAGCGGAAGCUACUUAAGAAACGGGAAGAGGACGAGGAGAGCGGAAGCUCAAACCGACUGAAAGAGGCAUGUUGUGAGGAACCAGCAACUACUUGUAAGGCGCCCGGGAAGAAACAGAAGCAGAAUGGGAUAUCACUGGAAGGGACCAUAGCAGAGAGAACUCCGCCGCAGAAGAAGAAAAAGAAAAAACGGAAGCAGACAGACACUGCUGAAUCUCCAGCUGAGAAGAAGACCAAAACAGUAAAAGAGGCUGGAGAAGAGGAAGAGGUGGAGGAAGUAGCAGAUGAAGAUGGAGAACAGGCUACUGACAAACCAGAGGCAGCUGCAGACGAGGAGGAGGACGACGACGACGAAACUGAAGAGGGAGAUGAUGAAGAGGAAGAUCAACCUGAAUUACCAUCUGGAUUAACAGGAGCAUUUGAGGACACAUCGUUUGCCUCUCUUGAUGGGUUGGUGAGUGAGAACACGCUGAAAGGAGUGAAGCAGAUGGGCUUUGAACACAUGACCGAGAUCCAGCACAAAAGUAUUCGUCCCCUGCUGGAAGGAAGGGAUGUGCUGGCCGCAGCCAAGACAGGCAGCGGUAAAACCUUGGCCUUCCUCAUCCCAUCUAUAGAACUCAUCUACAAACUCAAGUUCAUGCCCAGGAACGGCACUGGUGUGGUGAUCCUGUCGCCCACACGCGAGUUGGCAAUGCAGACCUACGGUGUGCUGAAGGAGCUGAUGACACACCAUGUGCACACUUAUGGUUUGAUCAUGGGCGGCAGCAACCGCUCAGCUGAGGCCCAAAAACUGGCCAACGGUGUAAACAUCCUGGUGGCUACACCUGGUCGCCUGCUGGACCACCUACAGAAUACCCCUGGGUUCAUGUUCAAGAACCUACAGUGUCUGAUUAUUGACGAAGCUGACCGCAUCUUAGAGGUGGGCUUCGAGGAGGAACUGAAGCAGAUCAUCAAACUGCUGCCGAAGAGGCGACAGACCAUGCUGUUUUCAGCCACUCAGACCCGUAAGGUGGAGGACUUAGCUCGCAUAUCCCUGAAGAAAGAGCCCCUCUACGUCGGGGUGGAUGACAACAAAGACAACGCUACUGUUGAUGGCCUGGAGCAGGGUUAUGUGGUGUGCCCAUCAGAGAAGCGAUUCCUGCUGCUCUUCACCUUCCUGAAGAAGAACCGUAAGAAGAAGCUGAUGGUCUUCUUCUCUUCUUGUAUGUCUGUGAAAUUCCACUACGAGCUACUCAACUACAUCGACCUGCCCGUCAUGGCCAUCCAUGGCAAGCAGAAGCAGACCAAGCGUACCACCACCUUCUUCCAGUUCUGCAACGCCGAUUCAGGCAUCCUGCUGUGUACAGACGUGGCAGCUCGAGGACUGGACAUCCCUGAGGUGGACUGGAUUGUUCAGUUCGACCCCCCAGAUGACCCCAAGGAGUACAUCCACAGGGUGGGCAGAACAGCCCGAGGCAUCAAUGGAAGAGGUCAUGCGCUCCUCAUCCUUCGCCCAGAGGAGCUCGGCUUCCUGCGCUUCCUUAAGCAGGCCAAGGUCCCAUUGAGUGAGUUUGAAUUUUCCUGGAGUAAAAUCUCUGAUAUCCAGUCCCAGCUGGAGAAGCUGAUUGAGAAGAACUACUACCUCCACAAGUCUGCUCAAGAGGCCUACAAGUCCUACGUGAGGGCUUAUGACUCCCACUCGCUCAAACAGAUCUACAACGUCAACACCCUCAACCUCCCAAUGGUGGCACUCUCAUUUGGCUUCAAAGUUCCCCCAUAUGUUGAUCUGAACGUCCACAGCAGUAAAGGUGCAAAGUUACAGAAGCGAGGCGGUGGAGGUGGGUUUGGUUACCAGAAGUCCAAGAACGUGCAAAAGUCCAAAAUCUUCAAGCACGUCAACAAAGGAAAGGGUGACAAGAGGCAGUUCUCCCGCUGAAUCCCUUCAAGCUUAGUAACUCUCUUCCUGGACUGAUUCUUCCACUGUCGUCAAAGAACUGCCCUUUUUUAUUCCAAGAACCUCCUGCUUUGAACAGAUGGCCAUGGAGUGCGUAGGGUACAUCUCCCUCAGAGAUCAUUUAUAAACCCAGUUUUCAGCUCCCUGGUCAACAAAUAGACUCACUUUUUUAGCAUUUCUUCAUCUGGCAGGAAUAUUAAAUGUCUAUUAGUGUCUAUUAUUACUAUGCUUAAUUUGUUGACUUGUUCAGACUUUGUAAAUGCUGAUUACAAUGAAAUCACUUGAAAUCA